UCUCCGGCACGCACAGCCUCGCCUGACGCUGCGCCAGAGGCGGAGCCCGAGGAAGCCCCGCCUUUCCGCGUAAAACGCAACCUGCAAGCUUGGGAUUGGCUGCUCUGCCGCACGGUUGUCCUGGCAACGAGGCCGCUUCAGCAGCCGCCCUCUCCGGCCCCGGAGCUUCGCCUCGGAGCCCGCCCGGGCACGGCUUCCCCGGCCAUGUCGCUGCGGACGCUGCCGCUGCUCGUCCUCAACUUGGGCGGGGAGAUGCUCUACAUCGUGGACCAGCGGCUGCGUGCGCAAAGCAUCCCGGGAGACAAGGCGCGCCAAGAUGCAUGGACUGAUGUGGACAGGAGACGAGUUAUGAAUGACAUCAUUGGGGGCAUAUUCAAUAAAAAAUUUGUGGAUGAGCUGUUUAAGCCACAGGAGCUGUAUUCCAGAAAGGCCUUGAGAAGCGUGUUUGAGCGACUGGUUCAUGCCUCCAUCAUGAGACUGAAUGCACCCAGCAUGGAUAAGCUCUAUGAUCUAAUGACUAUGGCUUUCAAGUGCCAAGUUCUACUUUGCCCUCGGCCCAAAGACCUUCUGCUCGUCACAUUCAACCACCUGGAUGCAAUCAAGGAUUUCAUCUAUGAAUCCCCCAAAACUCUGAACCAGGUCGAUGUAACUUUUCGGAGGCUCCUUGAUACAUACGGCUCUCUCUCUGCUGGUGAACUUCAGCUUAUCCGGCAAACAUUGCUCAUCUUUUUCCAGGACAUACACAUCAGGGUUUCCAUCCUCCUAAAAGACAAAGUACAGAAUUCCAAUGGCCAUUUUGUACUUCCAAUCUCAGGUCCAGUUCCUUGGGGAACAGAGAUUCCCGGGCUCAUAAGACUUUUCAAUAGUAAAGGGGAUGAAAUUCGAAGGACUGAGUUCACCAGUGGUGGAAAUUACAUACUACCACACCGGGAAGGCUCAUUUGAGCUUCGUGGAGACAGAAUCAUUAAACUGGGAACAAACAUAUACAGCAUCAGCCGACCUGUAGAAACAGACACGUCUGGGGCCGCCAAAAGUUUGGCUUGCCAUGUCAAGGAGAACAGCACUCCCAACCCUCUAGCUAAAGAAGAGCUGAAUUUGUUGGCCAGGCUGAUGGGUGGCCUCGAAAUCAAGAAACCCCUUGGCAGUGAGGCUGGUUUCCGGCUGAAUCUCUUCACCACAGAUGAGGAGGAAGAACACGCUGCACUGACCCACCCGGAGGAGUUACCGUAUCAAGUAAUCAGUAUACACGCAGACCAGGAUGAGCAACGGAAUGAAGAGCUGGCCCGCAUCAUGGGAGAGUUUGAGGUGCCAGAGCAGCCUACACAGACGAUCAGUAAGGGGGCCGACUUAUUGGCAAUGAUGGAUGAGCUGUGAUAUUUGUCUCCAGAGAGCACUGCACUGGGUGCAAAGGAACAUGCAAUCCCAGUGGUUGCAAUACUGGGCAGAGCUGGCAAUCAGUCCCCACAAAAGAGUGGUUGCUAAGGUCAUCUGAUGUCGUGGAGUUGUUAAGGUGGGAUGAUCCUUGCAACCAUCCGUCUAGCUCUCUAGCUUUGGGGAGAUAUUUGGGGAUGCAAAUAGCAGCUUAUUUCUUGUGCUGUUAAUGGUGUAGGUUGCACCUGGUGUAGUUAGAGCUGAAACUGCUGUCAGGGAAGUGGGCAUCGAAGACCUGUCUUGCAGCUGCUCCAUGCAAAAAAGGGGCCCUAGAUGACUUUCUCAUUAGAGGUACAAAAUGCGCUGCCUGACUCAGCCCCUCUUGCACAGAAAGAGGAAUUCCUUCACUGGCGGGGGAGGGCAAUUGUGACGUUGUUACUGCCACAUCCUUUUUAGCUGCAGCAAUAAAAGCCAGAAAUCAGA